CACACCCUACACACACACACACACAGGCGCCUGGCGCCAUAGAAUUAAUAUAGAUACCAUAUAGAUAGAUCAUUUCACAAGCCGACUUAAUUAGAAACACACAUCAACCAUCACAGGGAGUAUUUGCCAACAAGUAGCUCCAAUGAUAUUAAUUCCCAAGGACCUUAGGAUCACCAUCCGAAGCAGUUGCUUGGUUUAUCCAUCCCUUCAGUUGCAAGAGCAAUUAGAGACAAAUAAAUCUUUCUUCUUAUCAAAUAUAGACCAAGUUGUCAAUUUUGAUGUCCAAACAGUCCAUUUCUUCAGAGCCUACGGAGACGGAGACGGAGACGGGGAUAGCUUAUUCCCUCUUCAAGUUGUAGCUGAGAAGCUCAAGAAUGCACUUGAGAAUGUCUUGGUUUCGUAUGAUUUCUUGGGUGGGAGACUGACCACCAACCCUCUGACGGGUCGUUUGGAGAUUGACUGCAAUAGAGCUGGAGCUGGGUUUGUGGUCGCCAAUAGUGACCUCUCUUUGGAUGAGAUUGGAGACUUGGUUUACCCUAAUCCCGCAUUUGGACAACUGGCUAUCCAGACUUUGGAUAGCGUUGAUCAUCAUCAUAAACCAUUGUGCAUUGUACAAGUGACAUCAUUCAAGUGCGGUGGCUUUGUAAUUGGAAUAUCCAACAACCACGCAACAUUUGAUGGCAUAAGCUUCAAAGCUUUCUUGGAAAACCUAGCUGCCCUUGCCUGCGGCAAACCAUUGGCAGUCACCCCCUGCCACGAUCGCCAUCUCCUAGCAGCUCGAUCACCUCCACGCGUCACCUUCCCUCACCCUGAGCUUGUCAAACUCACCACCGAUACCGUUCAUCAUCAUCAUCAAGAUCAACAUCAAGAGGACUCUUCCUCCUCCUCCUCCUCCUCCUCAUCAUCAUCAUCAAACCCUCCCAUACUCCUCGACACAACCCUACAAACCCUAGACUUCCACAUCUUCCGCCUAACCUCCGUUGACAUUGCCGCCCUCAAGGACAAGGCAAGCCGAGGAGGAGGAAUGGAAGCCCGCGUGUCAGUAUUCAAUGCCAUCACAGCCCACGUUUGGCGGUGCAAGGCCUUAUCUUGUGAUGCAAGCAACUGUAAUACAAAUAAAAAUAACCUAGCUGUAGCUGUAGGUGCAGAUGCAGAUAGGUUGUCAAGGGUGCUUUUUGCGGUGGAUGUCCGGCCAAGAUUGAGCCCUCCCUUGCCGCCAUCUUACACAGGCAACGCCAUUCUGACGUCUCACGCAACGGCGACAUAUAGGGAGCUAGAGGAAGGGCCGUUGUCAAGAUUGGUGGAUAUGGUGAAGGAGGGUGCAAAGAGGAUGACAAAUGAGUAUGCAAGAUCAGUGAUUGACUGGGGAGAGAUGAACAAGGGGUAUCCUCAGGGGGAGUUGUUGGUAUCAUCCUGGUUGAAGCUUGGUUUUGCCGAGGUGGAAUAUCCAUGGGGGAGGCCCACAUACUGCUGUCCCGUGGUUUCUCCAAGAAAGGACUUAGUCUUGCUAUUCCCAGACAUUGAUGAUAAGGAUGGAGUCAAUGUUUUGGUGUCUCUCCCUGCCAACCAAAUGGACAAGUUUCAAACUCUCUUCCGCAUGCUACUCUAGCUACCUACCUAAUUAUAUCAAACAAAGGGCUAUAUAUAUGAAUGAUAAUACACGUUAUUGUCUUAUAUAUAUAUAUAUAUAUAUACAUACAUAUC